AUGCGAGCCUUCAUCCAGACCAUCAUCUUCUUCCUGCUCAGCCUGCAAAUGGUUGCUGCGUUGGUCAUUCCCGUUCCUCUCAAGACCUCAUCUACUCCCCGGCGACGAGAUACAUCGAAGGAGUCUGAGUCAGCGAUGCCGCCAACCCAAUACAAGAUCACCGACUUCUACGGCCAAGCAGCAUGCCACAACGUCUUGACAUCGUGCCGCGCGGAUUCCGACUGUUGCUCUGGGCUGCAGUGUGGAAACUUUGAAGGGGAGAUGCUGUGUACGCCUCGAGGUUAA